CUCAUACAAAUAAACAUGAUUAAAAGAAAAACUUGGACUGAUUUUAGAAGUCCAGUGCCUCUGGCCCGACCUCCUCCCCCUCCAACUACUGCACCCGAACCUCCCUGUAGACCCGCUCCUCUUGGCUCCGCCCUACCAACUGCUCCACCCACUUACCAUGAAGCUACCAGGGGUCAAAGCAACCCACCCACCUAUGACCAAGCCAGAUCUGUGCAGACGAUGGAAGCCAUGGUUGAACCAGCAAUAUCAAAAUUUGGAAUUGGUGCAAAUGGUGGUGUGGAAACUAACAACAGUUCCACAAGCGGAAUAAGAAACUCCGACAGCAACGGUUCUUUAUCCGAGCAGGGGCAAAUUGUAUUCACAAUGCCUCUUGUUCAGAUAUUUCGAAUAUCCGCUAGCGGAGAAGUAACUACCCCGUCCUAUCCUGAUAUCCUGGAAAUUAUCAAGUUUACAAGAGAUCACCAUUCUGCUCAGCUUCCACCGGCCUUUAUCCAGGUAAAUUUACAGUGACUACAAGGAAUCUCC